UUAGAACAAUAUGAACGUUUUGUAGUGCAAGAGAAAUGGGGGCAUCUCAAUCUCAGUUUGAAUCACAACCGGAGCUGCAUCCUCAACCGCAGUCACAACAGGUACAGCAACAAUCAGAGCUUCAUCCUGAACCUCAGUCGCGACAGUUACAACCGCGUCCACCGAGACAGCUGCAGCCACAGUCACAUGAACCAACUGGUAGGGAAGUAAGGUCUAAAUCCAGAAGGGAAACAGAAACAUUGCUGUUGUCUCCUCAAGCUGAGUACUCAAGACCCUCCAUCAAUAGUACAAGGACAGAACAAAAUAGCACAGGUUUAGUGAAAGCCAAUGAAAAUCAAUCCAUGAUCUCAGUGAAACCUAGGAAGGAACUGAAUUUCCCACACAAUUAUGAACACAUAUUGAAGGGUGCAGACUCGCCUAUUGAUAAAUCAUCCAGGGAAAAGUUGUGUGAUCAGCUAUAUGCUGGGGUGUUCUUAGACCAUAAAACUAAGAAAUAUUGGCUGGAAAGGAAUUCCAACAGCAAUUGUUUCAUGUUGUAUGCAAGAGCACUCUCAAUCACCUGGGCAGAGGAUCAAAAUUACUGGAAAUGGGUACCGCAAAAUGACGAAAGCGGCACCAUGAUUGAGGUUGCUGAACUGAACAGAGUUUGUUGGCUAGAAGUGCAUGGAAAAUUUGACACUAGGAAACUUUCACCUGGAAUUUUAUAUAAUGUGUCAUUUAUUGUAAUGUUGAAAGAUCCAGCUCAGGGGUGGGAAAUUCCAGUGAAUGUUAGACUUGUCCUUCCUGGAGGAAAGAAACAACAACACAACGAAAAUUUAAUGGACAAGUUAAGGGCGCGUUGGAUAGAGAUUCCAGUGGGUGAGUUUGUGGCAUCUGAAAAAGAUGGUGGUGAGAUGGAGAUUUCUAUGUAUGAGUAUGAAGGUGGCAUGUGGAAAAUGGGGCUUGUUAUCAAAGGCAUUUCCAUCAAACCCAAGAACUGAAACAGAGAACUACAGAACUCUCUAUGUAGAAAAACUGAAUUUUAUGUAAGGAAUGGACCAAAAUAUUGUAUGAAAAUGGAGAAUGAGAAUUAUAGUUUAUCUGUAUGAUCUGAAUUAUACGUUUGAAAUAAAGAUAAUGGUAUGUUUAUCAGAUUAUUUUAUGAAAGAAAUAUUUUCUCUUUAA